AUGCCGUUCCUUUUACUCCCCCAGCCAGAACAUGCACCUAUUUCCCCAGGUCCAUCUUAUGCAACGAAGUCAAGACUUAGAGCAUCACUCGUGGAGUCAGCUGCUGGGCCGACAAAUUCAUUACUUCUUCAGCAGCUUCUUUUCCUGAAGAAUGUUUCCCAACGACUUAAAAAGAUGUGCAGUCCCCAGCGGGCGAUGAUUUCAUUACGUGAAGCGUCCACUUUAGGAUACCCGGGCACAGCAUGUAUCAGCGGCUGGACACCCGCAUGUACGACUUCCCUUACCUACAACGUCCCCACUGGCAAAUACGUCCAAACUUGGUGUUGUCCCCCAGGAGGGUGGAAUUGUCUAACAGCUUCCAUCGGCCCACCAUGGCGGGAUUGUACGAGUCUUCUUCAGACGCCAACAGAGGUCUGGAUCAGGGCUUCUGAAAGCGGAGGAAAACCGAUUUAUGGCUCUUACAGAAAAGUUUCGGUAUCGGAUCCGUCGAGUUCGGGGCCAAUCUAUAUCACUCACCCGGUGUUCCCGCUCUACGGCAAGGAUGUUGAUUUCGACACUCAAAGCGGAGGAGGAAAUGAUUUGUCGCCGGGAGCUUUAGCUGGAAUUGUUGUAGGGAUAGUUGUUGGACUUCUUGCUCUGGUUGUAGGUGUCUUGUUCGUCGGCUUGCGAAAGAGGCAGAAAAGGGACGAACGUGUUUCUCGGUCUGGGGUUACUCCCACUGAAGGAGACCACAAUCACCAUGGUGUGACUUAUGAUAGCAAGCACGGUGUUUUGGGUUAUGGCCCUGAAGAGAGAGAGAUGGAAAUCAUAUACCCGACGCGAUUGAGCUGUCCUCAAAUACAAGGGCUGCAGAGGUAG